GUUUAUCACAUCCCACUUCCCCCCCAACUUAAAUUCUCUCUGGAGGGUCGAGUUUGAGAGACUUGAGACAAAAGAGAAACAACACAGCACCAACGGUUUUCUUUCCCCCUUCCGAGUCGGUGGAACUCCUUUUCAACAACAUACUCAUGGACACCAACAACGCUUCCAAGGAGUUGCAGGAGGAGGUUGUCUCCGUUGAGCUUCCAGCUCCCCCUUCUUGGAACAAGAUGUACUUCCCUAAGAAAGUGGGCUCACCAAGAAAAAGCGAAAUUGUAUUCAUUGCACCAACUGGGGAGGAGAUCAGUUCUAGAAAACAAUUGGAACAAUACCUUAAGGCACAUCCAGGCAACCCUGCAAUCUCUGAGUUUGACUGGGGAACUGGUGAGACCCCCCGACGAUCAGCUAGGAUUAGUGAAAAGGUGAAAUCAAGUCCACCUACAGACAGCGAGCCUGCAAAGAAAAGAUCUAGAAAAUCUUCAGGAUCAAAGAAGGAGAACAAAGAAACUGAACCUGCUUCAGAGGAAGGCAAGGGGAAGGUAACUACUGAAGAACCCCAGGAUCCAGAAGCUAAAGGAGAAAAGCAACUUGAGAAUGGAGAUGAGAAUGAAAAAAAUGAACAAACCAAGGAUGCAGAGGUAGAUAAGGAAGAGACUGGUCUGAACAAUGAGAAUGAUGCAGAGAAGAUUGGGAAUAGUCAUGCGGAAGGUGGAAAUGUAACUGCUGACAAGCCUCCAGUUGAAGAAGGUCAAAACCAAGAAAUGGUUACUGAAGCAUCCCAAGAAAAUGGUGCAACUGAGAAUAAGCAGGAUAAAUCAGAUGCUGUGAUUCUUGAUGCAAAUGGCAGUGCCGAGAAAGAGGAGGAUCCGAUUGCUGUGACACCUGCAUCUGCUGAAGAGAUCAAUAAUGCAAAGCAAGAUAUCGUGGUAACUGAUGAAAGAAGUAACCCCGUUCAAGCCGAGGAGCAACUGAAGAAGGAGGGUGAGCUAGUUGACAAUGGAAAUGUUAUUUGGAACUGUGCACAGUGAAGCAACCAUUCAUGUUAGCUGCUGAAAUGUUGUGUAUUAUUUUGCCUUAGGCGACCGUGACUUCUGUGAUACUGUCGAAGUUGUUUAGUUAUUUUGUGACCUCAAUGGAUGACUGUAGUAUUCUAUAUAUGAUUUGGUGGUAGCUAUUUAGGAGAACUAUCUUUAAUCUUAGAUUAGGACUUAUUAUUUUCCCUAGUCCAUCCAUGUAGAUUAUUGUAGACUCUAGUCUCUACUCUAGUCUCUACUUCGUUUUAGUAGUAUGUAGAUUAUUGUAGACUCUUGUCUCGAAAUCGUGUUAGUAGUCAGUUAAAUUCUACAUUUCCCCGUAUUUCUGAAA